AUGGAAGUGAUCAACAAUGAGGAGUUCGAAUCAUUGGAUGAAGGAUCAGACCAAGACAGAGAAAGAAGAGCUCUCAUAAGAAAUUUGGGAAAAGAAAAAAGGUGCAACCUUGGGUCAGUACAUAUACAGUCAUUCUCAGUGGGGCAAAAGUUUAAAAGUAAAAAAGAAUUAAAGGAGUUAAUUGAUGUGCACGCACUAGAAACAAGAAGGAAUCUAUUCUUUAAAAAAAAUGACAGUCAAAGGCUUAGGGCACAGUGCAGAGGAGUUGUACCUGUCAUCAAUAAAGGUCAAGUGGGGACUAAACCUACCACUUCAAAAAGCAAGGGCAAAGAAGUAAAGACACAAAAAGAAACAUGUGGUUGGUAUAUACAUGCAUCUAGGUCAAACCCCGAAUCUGAUUGGUUUAUAAGGACCUUAAACCAAACUCAUACAUGCUUACAAACAAGAAAACUCAGAGCUUGUACUGCUUCUUUAAUCUGCAAGAAAAUCAUAGAUCAAGUUGAGGCAGAUCCGAAGAUUCCUUUGAGAGCCAUACAAGAUCACUUUCAAAAGACCUACCAGGUGGGUAUUUCAAUGGAUAAGGUGUUUAGGGCAAAAGAUAUGGCAAGAAAGCAUGUAACUGGGGACUACACAAAACAGUUUGAGUUGUUGAGGGACUAUGCUCUUGAACUUCAAGCUACAAACCCAGACACAACAGUCAAAAUAGAUGUGUGUCCUAAUGGCAACCCUGCAUCCCCAACAAGGCAGUUUAGAAGGAUUUAUGUAUGCUUGGGUCCACUGAAAAAAGGUUUCAAAGCAUGUCUUAGAGACUUAGUAGGUUUGGAUGGUGCCUUCAUGAAAGGCCCAUUCCCUGGUCAGGUUCUUACAGCAGUUGGUCUAGAUUCCAACAAUGGAAUUUAUCCCUUAGCCUAUGCAAUUGUUGAGUCUGAAAACACAGCUAGCUGGAAGUGGUUUUUAGAAAACCUUGGGGAUGACUUGGAGCUUGGGAGCAACUCAAACUAUACUUUCAUAAGUGACAGGCAAAAGGGAUUACAAAUUGCAGUUGAUCAAUUGUUUCCCAAUGCUGAGCAUAGGUAUUGUAUUAGACAUAUUCAUGACAAUAUGAGAAAGAAGUGGGGGCAAACUGAGUACAGGGACCAUUUAUGGAGGUGUGCAUCAGCAACCACCAUUCCUGAGUUUGAACAUUUGAUGAAAGAGUUUAGAAGAGCUGUUUCUGAUGUGUUGAUUUCAAACAUGUGUGAAGUGUUUAAUGGGAAGAUAGAGAAAGGCAGGGACAAACCUGUAAUUUCAUGUUUAGAGUUCAUUAGGGAGUAUCUAAUGAAGAGGAUAUGCAAUGUCAUGAAGGCAAUGAAGAAGGCUAAAGGUCCACUAACACCUACAGCAACAGACAUCCUAGAUGCAAGGAAAAAAGGUGCUUCACAAUAUAUUGCUAGGUGGAAUGGGGCAAACAAGUAUCAAGUCACUGCAGCAUUGCAAGAUCAACAUGUGGUGGAUGUUAGGAACCAAACCUGUACUUGCAGAAAGUGGGAAUUAAUGGGAAUACCUUGCAGGCAUGCAAUUGCAACUCUGAAUGAAAUGAGCAAAGACCCUGAGGCUGAGCUUGACAUUUACAAGUGGGUACACAAGGUGUAUUGGCUAGAGACAUGGCAAAAAGCUUAUUCAUUUAAGGUGGAACCAAUUAAAGGGAGACCCAUGUGGCCUAAAAGUAAUUGUCCAACAAAGCUAAUCCCUCCUCCACAUCACACUCAGGUGGGAAGGCCUAAGAAAAAAAGAAGACAAAGUGAGGGUGAAAGGUUAAGCAAAAGGCAGAAGGCAAGUGAAGGUGAUGGAGUCAAUGAGAUGCAAGGAGAAAAUUCCCAAGGGCCAAGAAAUGAUGGAGUGCAGAAGCUAUCAAGGAAACAUGUUAGUGUUACUUGUAGCAAAUGCAAGAAUAAAGGACACAACUCUAGGACCUGUAAAGGGCAAGGGGGAAUCAAUCUAAGAAGUGAUUGUGGUUAUUUGUUGUGGUGCAAUGACUAUUUAGUUUCUUGUUGUUAAAAACUGUUUGUUUUUGAAAACUUUAGUUAUGGUUUGAUGAUGUGGUUAUGUAUGGUGCACAGACACUUGUAUGCUUAACUUGGUAAUGGUUUUUGGUUCCACUCAUGUGGUUAAUGGAAUGUUCAUUUUGGUAAAUUUAUGACAUGU